CCCAGUCUAGCGCCAAUAGUUGUACAGCACUGACGUGCCUGCUUAUACGCAAUCGCCAUAAUAAAAAUUUUCCCGCGCAAAUAUCGUUCAAAAUUAAAACGCGUCCAUAUGAAGAAAAUAACCGUCGAGAGUGAUUGUGAACUAACGAAUUACUCAUAUAAUUUGGAUAAUAAUUUUUACAGAAUAUUAAAGUGGUUGACCCGAGAAUGAAACGUGAUGAAUCCUUAAAGAGCGUCACCAAGUUCACGUCGUCUCGUCGCCUGAGCGAGACACGGCCGGCGCUCACGCUCGGUUGGCGGCAGAACUCGCUUACUAUAAGCACACUUGCCCAGCAAUCCGCUUAUUUAGCUGAAAAAGCUUUCAGAGACAAAGAAACUGCAGAAGAUAAAGUUCUAGCGGCACCAGUUUCGUGGUUUAAAUUAUUCAGGUUCGCAAAAACAUGGGAACUGCUACUGCUAUUUGUUGGGCUCAUUCUGGCUUCGCUGAACGGCCUCUUUGUGCCACUCGGCGUCAUCAUAUACGGGGAGUUUACCGCGCUUCUGAUAGACCGGACAGUAAUGACUGGUACCUCAUCUCCCACUCUAACCAUCUCUCUUUUCGGCGGUGGCAGAAUAUUAAAAAACGCGACUGCGGAAGAGAACAGGCUGGCGUUGAUUGAGGACUCACAAGCAUUUGGCAUCGGGUGUUUCGUAUUCUCGUUAUUACAGUUCAUCGUGGGUGCCAUAAGUGUUGAUCUCUUCAACUUUACUGCACUAAGACAGAUCGAGAGAGUAAAACAAAAAUUUCUGCAAUCUGUGCUUCGUCAAGACAUUACUUGGUAUGAUCUGAACACGACAAUGAAUUUUGCAACCAAGGUUUCUGAUGACGUGGAGAAAUAUCGUGAGGGUAUAGGUGAGAAGGUUCCCAUGUUGGUGUAUCUGGUUAUGUCAUUCGUAACUGCCGUGAUCAUAUCGUUCUGGUACGGUUGGGAACUCACUCUGGUCAUCCUGUCAUGUGCCCCUGUCAUCAUCGCUACCACCGCUGUUGUAGCUAAGAUCCAGUCGUCUUUGACAAGCCAAGAACUAGCAGCCUACAGCAUUGCAGGAGUAGUUGCUGAAGAAGUCUUGUCAUCUAUAAGAACAGUUGUUGCGUUUGGGGGUGAAAAAAAAGAAAUUGCACGAUAUAGCGCGCGAUUAGAUCCAGCCAAAAAGAUGGGAACCAAAAAGGGAAUAUGGUCGGGACUGGGUAGUGGUGUGAUGUGGUUCAUCAUAUAUUGCACUUAUGCACUGGCCUUUUGGUAUGGUGUUGGUCUUAUUUUGGAAAGUAGAAAUGAGGAAAAUCCUAUUUACACACCGGCUGUGCUAAUGAUUAUAUUCUUUAGUGUUCUGCAAGGUGCACAAAAUGUAGGCCUGACCUCACCCCACAUGGAAGCAAUGACAAGUGCUCGGGCUUCCGCUGGUGCUAUAUUCGCGGUCCUAGACCGGAAACCCGCUAUUGACAGUCUGUCCACUGAAGGUGAUAAACCGGAACUCACAGGAGAUUUGGAAUUAAAAGACGUAUAUUUUAAAUAUCCGGCUAGGCCUGAUGUACAGGUCUUAAAUGGAAUAAAUUUAAAAUUGAACCGAAAUGAAACAGUCGCGUUGGUGGGUUCGAGUGGUUGUGGCAAGUCAACUGUUCUUCAACUGUUACAACGCAUGUACGAUCCUGAAACAGGGUCAGUGACCGCAUCUGGACAUGACCUGAGGAACAUUAAUGUUAGACAUUUAAGGAACCACAUAGCUGUGGUUGGCCAAGAGCCUGUACUGUUUGCUGGUACAAUAAAGGAUAAUAUCAGGAUGAGUAAUCCAACUUGUACUGAUGAAGAAAUAAUCGUUGCUGCUAAACAAGCUUAUUGUCACAAAUUUAUUGAAAAAUUACCAGAGGGCUAUGACACAUUAAUUGGCGAACGCGGUGCCCAACUGUCUGGUGGACAGAAACAGCGUAUUGCUAUUGCUAGAGCUCUAGUCCGAAGGCCUAAAAUCUUACUAUUAGACGAAGCCACAUCAGCCCUUGACUCGCACAGUGAGGCGAAGGUCCAGAGAGCAUUAGAUGCAGCCGCUCACGGCAGAACCACUGUUAUGGUGAGCCACAGAUUAGCAACAGUCCUAAAUGCAAACCGCAUUAUAUUUAUCGAUAAAGGCGAGGUGGUAGAGGAAGGUACACAUGAAGAAUUGAUCGAACGAAAAGGCAGAUAUUAUCAUUUAGUUUUGGAGAAUGAACCUAGUAUGGCGCCACCAUCAUCUAAUAAUCAGAAACCUUUAACUGGAGAUUUGAAUGCAGCUUCAAAUCCAGAUGCUAAAUUUCAUCGGCCAAAACUGCAAAAAUUGGCUUCUGUCGAGUCUAUAAUGUCUACAACAACAGACGACUCUGACUCCGAGGACAGUGUGGUUCUCGAAGACCAGAAUGACCAGGAAAUGAAGCCAACUACGUGGCAAAUAAUGAAGUUGUGCGAACCGGAGAAAUACUUAAUGGUGAUCGGUGUAUUAGCGGCUUUCGCCGUGGGAUCCAGUUUUCCUAUGUUCGCUGUACUAUUCGGAGAAACUUUUGGCUUACUGGAAAGCAAAAAUAACGAUUGGAUACGUGGCGAGACAAAUGUAAUUGCUAUUUUGUUUCUAAUUGUGGGCGUGAUGACUGGACUCGGUAUUUUUUUCCAAAUAUUUAUUUUCAACCUUACUGGCGUGAGGCUAACAGCUAGGCUCAGGGUGGCAGCCUUUGAAACAAUGUUGAAACAAGAAAUAGGAUGGUUCGACGAUCCUUCAAACGGAAUCGGUGCUCUGUGUUCACGAUUAGCAGCAGACGCUGCUGCUGUCCAGGGUGCCACAGGCUCUCGUAUCGGUGCGUUGAUGCAAGCGACAGCGACCAUCGUGAUUGGCAUAACCCUGUCUAUGUACUAUACAUGGCAGAUGACACUAGUGUCGCUUGUGUCGGUGCCCAUGGUCAUUGUGGCCGUACUCCUCGAAGGCAGAGUACUCUCAGCCGGGAUGGAUAUGGUCCGGAAGUCGUCGAAUAAAGCGACGACUAUUGCCACCGAGGCGAUUACCAAUAUCAGAACAGUGUCCGCUUUUUGUGGCGAAGACGGAGUCCUAAGCCGCUACCAAAAGGCAGGCAUAGAGGCUCGCAAUGAAGCCAUCAAGAGCAUGCGAUGGCGCGGUUCAGUGUUUUCAUUUGGACAAACGGCCCCCGUCGCCGGAUACGCGCUCUCUCUCUGGUACGGCGGUGUGCUCGUCGCUAACAAGGAUGUGCAUUAUAAAGAUGUCAUCAAGGUAUCAGAAGCGCUGAUAUUUGGUGCAUGGAUGAUGGGACAAGCGCUGGCGUUUGCCCCCAAUUUCGGUGCAGCCGUGAGCGCGGCAGGCCGCGUGAUGACGCUGCUGCAGCGGCGGCCGCUCGUCGAGAGUACACAUGCACCCGCUAUAGCCGAAAACUAUGUGGCCGAGGGGAAGAUUCAGUACAAAAAUAUAAAAUUCCGAUAUCCGACAAGGCGAGAGGUUGAAGUGCUCCGCGGACUUUCUUUAUCGAUACCAAGUGGAAAGCGAGUCGCCUUAGUAGGACCAAGUGGCUGCGGCAAAUCCACUUUAAUACAAUUACUGCAAAGAUUGUAUGACCCUGAUGAUGGCAAUGUGUACCUGGAUGAUUAUAGCAUCACAAAUGAUAUGCGACUCUCAACUCUGCGUAAAAACUUGGGCAUCGUGUCCCAAGAGCCGGUGCUGUUUGACCGGACAAUAGCAGAAAAUAUAGCGUACGGGGACAAUACUAGGGUUGUUUCUAUCGAAGAAAUUGUAACAGCUGCUAAGGCUGCUAAUGUGCACUCCUUCAUAACUGCAUUGCCCACGGGAUACGACACCAGAAUUGGAGCGCGUGCAUCCCAGCUAUCAGGUGGACAGAAGCAGAGAAUUGCUAUAGCGCGUGCCCUGGUGAGGAAUCCCAGGGUUUUGCUGUUGGAUGAAGCCACUUCUGCCUUGGAUACCCACAGUGAAAAGAUAGUACAAGAAGCUUUGGACCGCGCGAGCGAAGGUCGCACCUGCCUGAUUAUAGCGCACCGACUAACGACCAUACAGAACGCCGACAUGAUCUGCGUGGUGGACCGCGGUGUGGUCGCCGAAACCGGUACUCAUGACCAGCUUAUAGCUAGUAAAGGCAUAUAUGCCAAAUUGUACGAGCUACAGUGCGGAUUCGUAGAAGAAAGUGACGAGAACGUAGAAAAUGCUGCUGCUUGAUUCAGUGAGGAUGAUUUGUAAACGUGUCUCUAUAGAGAUUAAAGGUGUUCAAAGUACACAAUACUGUAUCACGAGAUUAGACCAUCAAUACGCCAAUUAUAAAAUCAUAGUAUUGGAUACGCAAAAUAUCAUAGUACGCCUAAUGCCGAAUAUCAAAGCGCAAUAUCAACUAGAUUCGUUAAAUAUAGUAAAAAAAUAGGAUUUCAUAAGAUUUAUCUUACUAACAUGAGAUUUCUUCUCGUGUUUCUAUUCUGGAAAUUAUUGAUUUUAAAACAGAAUAUUCAUGUAAAAAUCGAUUAUGCUGCGCUAGACGUCGUGUUUCGCAUUUUUAAUGCUUCAAAUUGUGCCUUAACAAAGUAGCGAGUCGCAAAAAUAACUACAUAUUGUGGUGUGUUCGUUCAAUUAUAAAAGUUAACAAAUUUUUGCCUGUGUUAUGCUACAACUUAAUUGCUAAUCAUACCUCAUCGUAAAAAUUAAUAAAGGAACCCACAAUAAUGGAACAUUGGAAACCAUAUAAUCUUUUAAGUAAAAAUGCACUUAAAUCUACCUACCUAAUAAGUGGCAGCGAAAAACUUGGUACGUGAGGAAUUAGAAAACGGUACUUACCUACAAAACAUCUUUAAAAAUAUGAUUUAGAUAACGAGUGUAUAUCCUAAUGUUCAUUGAAAAUCGUUAAUAUUAAUAUAACUGUACACUUCUAAUUGAACUAGUCAUUUCAGAACUGCCAAAUUAUCCGAAAUCCUAUAACUACUGCUUUGUAGAUAUUAUAAGUAUAAAUAUAACCUAACCUAACCUAAACAAUAAAAUCCAAGCAUUCCCAUUUAUUUCUAGACCCAGAACAUUCCCUUAACCCUUAAAAAUUAGCUCUAGUUAUAUACCUAUUUUGUAGAAGCUUUUUUUGAUUAUAUUUAUACAGUUUGUGUUAUCCUUUUUUAAAAGAUUUUAUGUAAUUAUAAAUAUCUUUAAAAUAUACCUCAAAUAAUUUAUUCACUAUUUUACUUACAUUUAUAAUUUUGAAUUUUGUGUAAUGACUCGAUUUGGACAAUGGUUGGAUGUCCUUGAAAAAUGAUAUAUAUUAUAUAAGGAUGUAUGUAUUGAUUACACUAUUACUAUUCUUAAAAAAUUAUAAAUUUUCAGUGCCUACAUGAAAAAAUCUUAUGGCAUAUAAAUAAUAAUGUUAUUACUACUUAUUAAUUCAGUAUUUUAAAGGCAUCUUUUAGCAUUUUCUAGCAGUAGGUAAAAAAAUCUAUAAGUACAUAUAUCGUGUUUCUGAAAUAAUGUACGCUCAAUUAAAACAACCAAUGUUAUUUUUAUAUUGUUAUUUAUCUAUUAAUGUGUGUAAUUCUUGUAUUGUAAACAUAUAUAAAAAGUUGUAUAGAAUAAAAUGAGAUUAUGAGUA